AUGGAACAACCCCAACCAGCGCCAGGCUCCCUGAGCUGGCGAUUAUCCUCCCACCCAAUAACCCUCCUCACAUUCCUAGGCUUCCGAGUCUCGAGCUUACUAGUCUACCUAUUCGGCCUCCUCUUCACCGACAACCUCGUCAUGAUCUUCAUCAUCACCAUCCUCCUCCUCGCCGCCGACUUUUACUACCUCAAAAACAUCGCCGGCCGCCGCUUGGUCGGCCUCCGCUGGUGGAACGAAGUCGACCCAUCGACUGGGGACUCCCACUGGGUGUUUGAGAGCAGCGAGCCGGGGUCAAAGGUGAUCAACGCGACGGACAGUAGGUUCUUUUGGAUUGCGAUUUACGCCCAGCCGCUGUUUUGGAUCGCGCUGGCGGUGGUGGCGGUGUUUAGUUUCAAGUUUAUUUGGUUGCCGCUUGUUGCUAUUGCGCUUGUGUUGACGAUCACGAACUCGCUUGCUUUUUCGAGGUGCGACAAGUUUAGCCAGGCGUCGAAUAUUGCGGGGAGCGCGUUUAAUGGUGGGAAUUUGGCGGGGAGCAUUGCGAGUAAUAUGGUGGGGAGGUUCUUUACGAGAUGA